ACCAGUAAUGAACUCCAGAUCUACUCUAACUAUUUCGUUUGGGAUUAGUGAAAACGUCUCAUUAAAAUAUCAAUAUUUAAGUCCUCUCAUGUAAAAUGAUCAGAGGAUAGAAUAAAACAAUCAGAGAAUAGUAUCGAAAUAUAAACAGUAAUUGAACCGUUGCUUUCACAUGAUGUGUAGUAGACUAUCGUAAUGGUUAUGAAUGUGGUUACUUUAUUGUCGGUAUCUACGAGUCUGAUCACCGGGGUGACCCAAAGGCAGCUUCCUGGAACCAAGAGGCUGGAGAAUUGUGCAUUGCAAUCAGUUAGAAGAAUAAUAUCUAUAUGCAUUUAAAAGAGCUCUUCUGCCCAAACACACACCCUGCAAAAAUGCAAUUUGAAAGUGAUUUACAGCUACCAGAGAAAGUGCUAAAAUACGAAGCAUUCAUAAAUGAUGUUCUUAAAGAAGACCUGAAGAAAGUGCAUGCACGGCAAGAUCAUGUUACCACAGAAAUAGCUGAAUAUAUUCAGCUUAAGAACACUAUUCAAACACUGAAAGAGGCUGACAUGGUUAAGGAUGGAUUUAAGGCGAAAAUGAAUUUGGGAUGCAACUUUUAUGUGCAAGCAAAUGUAUCUGAUCCAAAAACUAUGUUCAUAGAUAUUGGUUUGGGACAUUAUUUGGAAUUUACACUGGAUGAAGCUCAAAAAUUUAUUGACAGAAGAUUGGAAUUGCUGUGUCAACAAAGCAACAAACUGAAUAAAGAUAGUGCUCAAACCAAAGCAAUGAUUAAAAUGGUGCUUGGAGGUCUGCAUCAACUCCAGUCAGAGAGUGGAAGUGCAAAGUAAUAUUGUUACUACAUGGCCUGUUACAGAUUGACUUUUAACUUAUUGUGGUAUACUUUUGUACAAUUAUAUUAUUUUACUUGAUUAA